AUGGCUGGAGAAGAAGGAGAGACGGCGGCCGCGGCGACGAUCCCUCUGCUGACGCCGUAUAGGACGGGCGGCGGCGAGCUGGACCUGGCCCACAGGGUGGUGCUGGCGCCGCUGACGAGGCAGCGGUCCCCGGGGAACGUCCCGCAGCCGCACGCCGGCGUCUACUACGCGCAGCGCGCGACGGCCGGCGGGAUGCUCAUCACGGAGGCCACAGGCGUGUCCGCCGCGGCGCAGGGCCACCGGCCCACCCCGGGCGUCUGGACGGACGAGCAGGUGGACGCGUGGCGGCCCGUCGUCGACGCCGUGCACGCCAAGGGCGCGGUCAUCUUCUGCCAGCUCUGGCACGUCGGGCGCGUCGUGGGCAAGCUCCGGCCGGACGGGACGCCCGCGGGGACGCCGCGGCCGGUGUCCAGCACCGGCAGGCCGAUCGCCACUCCGCGGAUGAACGACGGCGUCGAGGAGGAGUUCGCGACGCCCAGACGGCUGGAUGUGGCGGAGAUCGCCGGCGUCGUCGACGACUUCAGGAGGGCAGCAAGGAACGCCGUCGACGCCGGGUUCGACGGCGUGGAGAUCCAUGGCGCGCACGGGUACCUCGUGGAGCAGUUCCUCAAGGACAGUGCCAACGACCGCGACGACGAGUAUGGCGGCAGCCUCGAGAACCGGUGCCGCUUCGCGCUCGAGGUGGUCACCGCCGUGGCUAGGGAGAUCGGCGGCCGCCGUGUGGGCGUCCGCCUCUCGCCCUUUGCCGACUACAUGGACUGCCACGACUCCGACCCGCACGCCCUUGCGCUCCACAUGGCCACCAAGCUCAAUGGCAUCCCCGGCGGCAUCCUCUACCUCCACAUGGUGGAGCCAAGGAUGGCACGCGCCGAUGGUCGGCGGGUGGUACCGAAGAGGCUGCGGCCGUACCGGGAGGCGUUUGGCGGGACAUUCAUCGCUGCCGGCGGAUACGACAGGGAGGAGGGGAAUAAGGUGGUCGGAGAGGGGUACGCCGACCUAGUGGCAUUUGGGCGGCUUUUCCUAGCCAACCCGGACCUUCCAAAGAGGUUUGAGUUCGACGCGAAGCUCAACGGGUACAACAGGGCCACCUUCUACACCUCCGACCCUGUUGUUGGCUACACCGACUAUCCAUUUUUGGGCUGA